GAUAUGAACUUUGCCAUCGCCCGGACUCGUUGCGGCUCAAACGGUUCGAUCUUCUUCUCGUGCCUAUCGACGAUGUCUUCCGCAGACGAGACUUCACCGUUGAGCCAGGGCAUGUUGACGUCUGGCCUAGUGCUGAGGAUCAUUGGUGUGAUCUGCGCGCAUUACGUUCUUUGGUUCUUGUACAGACUGUACGUGGUGCGCUCUCUCUUUAGAAGCGUCGCAAGGGACUAUGGAGUCCCAAUCCUUCCACACUCCUUCUUGAUGGGUCAUCUGAUCGAAGUUGGAAAGCUCGUUCAGAGCCUUCCGCCCAACACGUCGGGCAUGUACUUCCCCCUCAUGUUUGCUCGAAAGUACCCCGAGAUGUUCAAAGAAGGGGUCGUGUACCUCGACACCUGGCCCUUCGGUCCGCCCAUGAUGGCAGUCAUCCAUCCCGACAUGAUGGCGCAAUUCACCCAGGAGAAGUCCAUGCCCAAGUACGAACUGAUGAAGUGGGAAUUCGCUCCUCUGACCGGACUCAACGACCUGGUGAAUCAGGAAGGCCAGGUGUGGAAGAUGUGGCGCGGCAUCUUCAAUCCUGGCUUCUCGCUGAGGAACAUUCUGUCCUUUGUGCCCGAGAUCAUCGAGGAGGUGGAAGUCUUUAAGGAACGGCUGAGAGAGCUGGCAGCCAGCGGCGGCGCCGUCGCCGAAUUCGAGCAGCCCGCCAUGAAGCUGACGAUGGACGUGAUAGGGAGGGUGACGCUAAACACCAGGAUGUGUGUCCAGACGACGAACAAUCCCAUGUAUGAUUCCCUGAGAGCCCUCCUCAAGUGGCUCAUCACCGACCAUAGUCCCGCCAACAUGCUCAAGGCGAUCAAUCCUGCCCGACCACUCAUCAUCUGGUACCACAACCGCGUGAUGAACAAUUACUUGAAACCCUUCAUCCAGCAAGCCAUGUCCAGCAGCACCAGCGGCUCUGAAAACCGCAAGACAAUCGUCAGCCUCGCAGCCAAGGCGUUCAGGGACGCGAAAAAGGCCUCGGCGGCCGCCACCGCCGAAAACGAAGACAAGGACGACGACGACGACGGUGUCGCCUUUCUCGACAUGGCCAUCUCCCAAAUGAAGAUGUUCCUCUUCGCCGGGCACGAGACCACCGCGGUGACGCUCAACUAUGCUUACCACCUCCUGCACAGCAACCCGGACGCGCUGCGCAGGAUCCGAGCGGAGCACGACGAGGUGUUGGGGCCGAACCGAGACCGCGCCGCCGAGAGGCUGGUGGAGAAGCCGCAGCUGCUCAACGCCUUGCCGUACACGUCGGCCGUCAUCAAGGAGACGCUGCGGCUGUACGCGCCCGUCGGCAGCAUCCGGCAGGGCAGCAAGGACCUGGUCCUCACCCACCCGGAGACGGGCAGGCGGUACCCGACCGACGGCUUCAUGCUGUACAGCAACUCGAUGGGCUCGCACCGGUGGGGGGCGAACUGCGGCGACCCGGACGCCUUCCGGCCGGACCGCUGGCUCGCCGACGCGCCGCCCAUGCGCAGGCACGCCUACCGCCCCUUCGAGCUGGGCCCCAGGAACUGCAUCGGCCAGGAGCUCGCCCAGCUCGAGCUGCGGACGAUCCUGGCGCUGACGCUGAGGGACUUCGACGUCGAGACCGCCCUCGACCCGGACGGGCCCUCGGUGUUCGGCGACGUGUGCUACCAGUCCUUCACGUCCAACGACCAGACCGGCAAGCCCGUGGGCGGCGCGCCUUUCCGCGUCAGGCUGCGAAGAUGACGGGCUGGGCCUUUGAGCAGCACGCGUGCCGGAGGCGGUUCGAUCCUGCACGUUCGCGAGCUGGCCGGCCGGUCCGAGAAAGAGUUAUCAAGAAGGCUGGAUCUCCUACUGCUUGCCGAUUGGUAGGUCUGUUGAUAGCGUACGUUCCUCCUCUGGAAUAAUAGAAAAGGGACGUGUCGACGCCGCCGCCGCCAUCGUCGUCUUGCGACCACUUGCUGUUUCUGUUCUUUCACGUCGUACAGAGGGGGGAAAGGGGGGUUAUAAAAUCGUCCAACAAUUGGCCAGGUCCUCCUGACUGGCGACGCAUGUGCUCAAGGGGGCCGAAGUCUGAUCUUACAAAGGGGGCUUUCUUUUUCAUUUUGAUUCCGAAUAGCUUCAUGUACCGUCUAGUUUUCCGCUAUCCUGGCCUCGGACGCAGCGUCGAAACCCUACAAGAAAACAGUUUCCCGCAGGUGUUAAAAAAAAAAAGGAAACCCAACGUACACACAC